AUGGAUCCCAACAAUAACAAUCGCAACAACAUUAAUUACGGCUAUGACCGUAACUACAAUGCCAACAACCGCGCCUAUCCCACUACCCCCUCCGCCUUCCCUCAGCCCAUCUAUCAGACUCAGGGGGCCCAGGAUUACGUCGACCCCUCCAAUCCAGCCUACGCCCCGGGUUAUUUUAUGCCCAACCAUUACCCACCCCAGCAGGUACAGCCGCAGUAUGUCCAACAGCAGCAGCAGCAGUACGCGCAACAGCAAGCGCUGCAAUCGCCCCAGCCCGCAUACCAAGCACGCCCGGGCUACCCCGACGGCACCAACGGUCUGAUCCAGCAAUUCUCCAACCAGGACCUCAACGCAAACCGUGCAGGAUUUUUCAAUAAUCGCGCUGGCUCCCCAGCCCAGCGGCCUCGCACCGCCGGUGGCUCCCCCGCUCAAACACAGGCCCAAGCAUCACACUUGAUCCCCCCCGUGCCCCGCAGCCCUCGCCCACCCCCCGAGAACGAAGAGUUGCAACGCUUCCCUGAUCGGUACUCCGAGAAUGUGCACAAGCGAGGCAAGGCAGCGAAGGAGCUGGUGACUGUAUUCUUCCACGAGAAUAUCGAACGGGCCCGUGACCGUAACAUGCGAUCGGCGGAACUUGACAAAACAAUCCGUGAGCCCAGUAUCCCCGUCGAAAAGAAGCGCCAGGAUGCCGACGGGAUUUCCAAGCGAGAAUCCGACUUCCUUCGGUUCUUGCGCACAAAGGAGACACCGGCGAACUUCCAGACCAUCAAGAUUAUCGGAAAGGGCGCUUUUGGUGAGGUCAAGCUCGUGCAGCGCAAGACUGAUGGCAAGAUUUACGCCCUGAAGUCGUUGAUCAAGACCGAAAUGUUCAAGAAGGAUCAAUUAGCUCACGUCCGUGCCGAGCGUGAUAUUCUGGCGGAUUCGAAGGAUAACCCUUGGCUUGUGAAGCUUCACGCAUCGUUCCAGGAUGCUGCGUACCUUUACCUGCUGAUGGAGUUUUUGCCCGGUGGUGAUUUGAUGACCAUGUUGAUCAAGUACGAGAUUUUCUCUGAGGAUAUCACACGGUUCUAUAUGGCCGAGGUCGUGAUGGCAAUUGAGGCCGUGCACAAGCUUGGUUUCCUCCAUCGUGAUAUCAAACCUGACAAUAUCUUGCUUGACCGCGGUGGACACGUCAAGCUUACUGACUUCGGUCUGUCAACCGGAGGCAAGAAGACUCAUGACAAUGCUUACUACCAAAACCUCCUCAAGAACUCUACUUCCAAGGAUCGGAACCGCAACUCUGGAUACUUCAAUGAUGCUAUCAAUCUGACAGUGUCCAACCGUGGUCAGAUCAACACCUGGCGAAAGUCCCGUCGUGCCAUGGCCUAUUCGACUGUUGGAACUCCUGAUUAUAUUGCUCCUGAGAUUUUCAACGGUCAAGGCUACACUUAUCUCUGCGAUUGGUGGUCUGUCGGUGCUAUCAUGUUCGAAUGUCUCGUGGGCUGGCCUCCGUUCUGUGCCGAAGACACAAAUGACACCUACCGGAAAAUCGUCAACUGGAGAGAUUGCUUGUACUUCCCUGAUGAACUGGUUCUUUCGCGUGACUCCGAAGCCCUGAUCCGAAGUUUCUUGUGUGACCCGGAUCACCGUAUUGGCAGCGAAGGUGGUCAGCACGGAGGCGCGACACAGAUUAAAAACCACCCCUUCUUCAGGGGUGUCGUUUGGGACCAACUGCGCGGCAUCCGUGCUCCCUUCGAGCCGCGCCUCAGCUCGAACAUUGAUGUGUCGUACUUCCCAAUUGAUGAAAUUCCUCAAGAGGAUACCAGCGCGAUCCACCGCGCCCAGGCCCGUGCCAUGCCGGACUCGCAGGAAGCCGAGAUGAGUUUGCCAUUCAUCGGCUACACCUAUAAAGCCUUCAAUGCCUUCCAGACCAGUUAG